CUACAUGGUAGUGGUGGAAUUGACUGCAACGCGCAGGUGUCCAACAAUGAAGGUAGUUAAACACGUAAACAAGCAUUAUUUAUAAUGUGGAUUUAAAAAUGCAAUCAUAAAAUUAAUUAACCGGUAAUAUAACUGCGCCGUUAGUCAGAACCUUCUCUAAAGACAACUUCGAAUACUUUUGAAUAUCGUUACUGCCUUUUACUCUUUGGCAUUGAGUGUUGAAUUGGUAGCUGUCAAAAUUUUUUGCGGCAGAACAGUGGACGAAAGCAUCACGCACAUUGCAGCCUUUUACGUUGUUUAUCGUUUUGGUUUAUAAUAAUAAUAUUGUGUUAAUUGUGAAAGCUGUGUAAUACGCGAAAUAAAGGGAAAGUUGUGCUGGUAAUGAAUUCAUAUAUGAAAUUGUUCGAAGAUUUCCUCCAGCGCAAAGAAUGCGAUGGAACUCGCACAGCAGCGGCUGCGUCUGAUGACGAAGAUAUUGAGCACCAGAUUACCAACCUCCAACCUAUUAGUGGAUCUGUAAAUGCAAUUAAUAAUAGUGGUGACGCCAACAACAAAAUGGAGCAUAGCUAUACGCGUGAUAACACACGGACUUUAGGAAGUUUUAGCACCGGUUUGUCUCCGGCUCGGACAAUUUUGGUUCGGCGUACACCACAGUGCCCUUCUUGCCACACUCAUCCACUCGAAGAACAUGAUUUUGACGAAUGCAACCAAGCUGAUGUACCCUCGUACAAUGAAAUUGCAGCCAAAGAAGCAAUGAAUGAGUGCUCUCGAAUUGCUAAAUAUGUCAAGAACAAUAAUCCUGACGAUGAUGACUGGGAAUCACGUAUUAAUCAAUCUGGAUGGAGCAACAUGCAAAAGACACUAUUCAGUAAAGUUGCAAAUAUCUUGGACAAUGAUCAGCUGGGACGUCUGGCGAAUGCAAACCGGCAAAACGAACCAAUGCAGCGUCGUUCCGUGGUCGACAAAUCAGCUAGUCGAAUGCGUAAGGCUCUAGCUGCUGUCGCCUGGGAUUCGCGUCUCACACAAUGGCUGCAUUUUCUACUAAUGGACUCUCUGCCUUCGACGUAUAUGGCCUCAUACUUGGAUAUUUUACAGACUCUGAAAUCAAAACUACCAUCCCUCAUGGAUAAAAUGCUGUUUGGAAGGCCACUUAACGUUAGUCAAGAACUUUUGGCGCCGGUAAUGAAGAAUAAAUGGGAGCCCGUCGCCAAUACGAAAGUUCGUAAAUUAACUCAGAAUGCAGUCAUUGUUGCCCUGCCCUCUGUACCAACAAGUGGUCCCGUUCCAAACAGGCUUCAAAAGUGGUACCAUCAAUUGGCAAGCAUAACGCAGAUUGUACAAGUUACUUUACCUUCAAAUGUUAGCCAUAUUGCUCGUCAGCCGUUAGAACAAGUUGCUGAACAAAUUGCAUCGCUCACUAGAGUUAAAAUACAGGAGCUUCGAAAUGAGAAUCCACAGCGCAGCAUUAUUUUGAUUGGAUUCAACGCAGGCUCUGCUUUAGCUUUGCAAGUGGCUAUGUCAGAAAAUGUGGCAUGCGUUGUGUGUAUGGGAUUCGCAUACAAUACAUUUAAUGGAGUGCGUGGUACUCCAGACGACCGCAUAUUGGAUAUAAAGAUCCCGAUAUUAUUUGUGAUUGGCCAAAACUCGGCGAAAACAAGCACGGAAGAAAUCGAGUCGCUACGUGAAAAAAUGCAAUCUGAAACCUCUUUAGUGGUGGUGGGUAGCGCUGACGAUGUAUUACGUGUGCCUAAAAGCCGCAGAAAAUUAGAUAACGUUACACAAUCCUUGGUGGACGCUAUGGUUGUGGAUGAACUUUAUGAAUUCAUAAAAAAAAUUCUAACCAAUCCACCUGGUCCACGCGUUCCCACUACAAUUUCAAGUUUGGUACACGCUAAGCAAGGUCGAAAUGCUACCGGUAAUACCAUUGGUAGUAGUAAUACCGAAGGCAACACGAAGAUUAGCGGUGUUCAACGCAAGCGCAAGAAUGAAGCAAUGAACUCCGAUCAAGAGCAAACUCCGGUGAAAACUAAAUGCGUUCAACCAAUUGGCCGACCGCGCACUCGUCCAUUGAAUACGACUACAUCUACACCAGCUAAAACUUCGCAGUCGUCAUUGCUUGGCAUUGGUAACACUUCCAAAGCUUCUCAACAGCAAGGGCAAAAGUCUCAAAUUUCGCCCAGCACUGCCAUUACAAAUGAAGAUCUGAACAUGGCCAUACAAUCAAUAUUGGGUGAUUCAAAUGAACCCGACGGUUCGAUACUUAAUUCGAGUACAGAAUCAUCACAGGGAGCACAUAAGAUUGUAACAAACUACGAAAUUGUUGCACCAUCUAAGUCUACUCCAAUAAAAACUGCAUUAAACAAGGUGAUACCACCUGGUGCCAAAAUAAAGAUGAUACCGUCGAAUCAGUUCGUACAACUUAAGCCACCAAUGCAAUCUCAAUCAAAAAUUUAUACAAUUAAGACCGCGUCCAUGCAGCAAAACAACGCUUCUGGAAGCACAUCCAUCGGAAGCAUUGUGUCGACAUCUCCAGCCAGCGGCACCGCUGCACAUCACCAACAGCAAAUUUUCACUUUAAAAUCGCCCAACGGUCAGACGACUCAGUUUGUGACAGCCGCACCACCUGGCACUUCUAAUCAGAAAUACACGGUGGUGAAGAAUGCCAGUGGUAGCACCACACUGCAACUAACUAACACUGGUUUAAGUAACGUUAAGUCAACAGCCACGACCCUCAUUUCAGGCACAUCAACAUCUAAUUUGGACCUGUCAAACAUAAUCGAUAUGCCGAUUGUGUUUGCUGACAAUGACGGCAACCUCUCGGAUUCUGUAGUUGCACCUGCUGCAACUAACAAGCCAGCUAAUACUUCCGGUGUUGGGCAGCUGAUAAUUAGCCAGAAAAUUAUUAAAGAGGCGAAUUCUUCUGCAUCGAGCGACGCUGGUGUGGCGAGCACCGUGAGUACACCGCCCAAGACUGGAGGUGGCACGUAUAUAAUUAAUAAGACUGCCGGCAGUCCACUUUUACAACAUACAGCCCAAACGUCGGUUAAUAAACAAAAUAAGGUGGUAUUCAUCAAUCGUAACACAAUGAAGCCAUGCCCGAAUAUCAUAUCACGAUCAAAUAUUGCACAACAGUUGCCGAAAUACACCAAAGUUGUUGUUACCAAUCCGAAGACGUCUGCAACAACCCUUGUGCCACGACCAGCCACACAGUUGUCUGCAAGUACAGGAAGUGGCAGUACCCCAAUUGUAUCAUCCGUAAAACAGGUAAAUUUGCAGACACUAAAGUCUCCAGUGACCAUUGGGGCUCGUCAGACGUCAGGUGUAUUGAACGUCUCUACAAAGUCACUACCACAAGUACAAAUUAUUGGCACCACUGUUGGUGGAGCGGCUAUUUCAUCAACUCUUGCCAAUGCUACAAAUGUGGCCACUUCAGCAGCCGUAACUGGGGGCAGCGGUAUGUUGGCAGAUCGUCCGCAAAUUCGAAAUAUCGUCGUUAAACCUGGUGGAUUGAAGCAAAUCCCGGCUCAGUUAAAGUCACAGCUGCUUAAUCGUAAUCUGACGGUACGUAAGUUGGUCAAUAUAGUCCCCGCUACAAAGACGGUUGGUGCAAGCUCAACUUCACCUGGUGUAACAAUAGUCGCUCAAAGCGGCGGGAUGACUUCGGAGGCCAGUGCUUCUGGUGCCACUAGUUCGGGAACUUCUAUUCAAACCUCUCCGAAGGUGAUCACUUUAAAUCCAAUUAACCCCUCUGCCCCCAUUGGGAGCACUGCAUCUGGCACUAAUAACACUGCUGCUGGUGGUACACCAAAAAAUGAAUGACUCUAAUCCAGCAGAGGCGGAUUUGCCGAUUGUUUAUCUUUAACCUUAUUUUAUCAUCAUAUGAAGAAAAUAGUUGUAAAUCGUUUAAUUUCCACUUGCUCAUGCUAUUUCGUAGUUUAACUACUUCCACAUUCGACCUCCCAAAAAUAAAAGAGUAUUAAUACUUA